GCGGACAAGAAUAUUAUCUGAUAAGCAUCACCAAUGUCUUUUGAUCCUUGAAUGGGUGAUCCUGAGCUACAGGGUGUCAUGCUGGGCAGACGAGCAGAACGACACGGCAGGUACAAACAAGCAAGCCCUUGAAGAUCAUCUGGAGCUAAAGCAUAUUUACACAGGGAAGACUGGAAAGACUCUUGUGACUCACAGGCAUGAACAUACAAGCUUGUUGUGUUUAAACCUCAUUUUGAAUCAGAAGACGCGAUUGAUCGAAAACCAAGAUGAAGACAUGGAGAAGUUGAUGUUUCCGAAUCAUUGUUUCACUUUCGCUAUUUGAAUGGAUUCAGCUUUGGACGAUGCAGGCGUAGAUGAAUAUACCAGACACCGUUUCUAAGGGAAUAAUAGGAGGCAGAUCUUGGACUGAGGACAGAGCUCUGUCAGCCAAUGGCUACUAUAGAAACCAAAGCUGCCACCAGCAGCAGCAGCAGCAAUGCUGCAGGUCUCUCAUGGGCACGGUUAUGUAAGGAGUGUGGCCAGCAGCAUGAUGGCAUGGACAGUCACCUGUAUGAGUACCAGGAUGAGGUGGACGACGAACUGAUUUGCCACAUCUGUCUGCAGCCACUGCUCAAGCCCAUGGACACCCCCUGUGGCCACACGUACUGCUUUCACUGCCUGAGCAACUUCUUAAAAGAGCAGGACUUUUGCCCAGUGGACCGCCAGCGAAUACAGUUGCAUCAGUGCCGUCAGUCCACCCUGCUGGUCAGGAACCUGCUGGACAAGCUGACUGUGAUGUGUCCUCAUUCUGACGAAUGCCAGCUGCAAAUGCAGCGCUGUGAACUGCAGCCCCACUUGCACAACAGAUGUCCUGUUUUUAGAAGACUGAGAGAGGAAGCGGAGAAAAGGAAGAGGCCCUCUUGGAAUGAGAUAAAGGGACGUAAGAGUGAAGGGGAAGCACCCAGCGAUGCUAAACAUUCAGCAUCACUGUCCCGAAAUCCCACCCGGGAUCAGCCUGAGCCUGGGAUGAUUAAUCCAGCCUAUGAGGAGAGCGAGGACGACAACACCCCUCUCCGCUCGAGUCUGGUGGCCGAGGCCAACAUGGUGGAGUUGUUCAGAGAGGAGCCGGAGGAGGAGCUGGGCUUUCGCAUCGUGGGGGGAAAAGACACGCCAUUAGGGAACAUAGUCAUCCAGGAGAUAGUGCGGGACUCGCUAGCAGCUCGUGACGGCAGAUUGGCCCCAGGGGACCAUAUCUUGGAGGUGAAUGAUAUCAGCUUGGCUUCCGUCCCCCACGCCAGGGCCAUCGCAGUGCUGCGGCAGCCUUCACUCCUCCGACUCACAGUGAUGCAGGAGAAAGGUUUCAAACCCAGAGAUCAACGGUCCGAUCACCAUCCGUCCUCUUCGACCACUUCCACCACCACCAUCGCCCAAUCCUCCUCGAGUUCCCACGGCAACACUACCUCCAGUCACAACCCCGGCACAGUGCUGCAGGUGACGCUGAUGAAGAGUCAGCGCAGCGAGCCACUCGGCAUCAAACUCAUCCGCAAAUCGGACGAGAGUGGGGUUUUCAUCCUGGACUUGCUGCCUGGUGGUUUGGCGGCUGAAGAUGGGAAACUGAGUAACAAUGACAAAGUGUUGGCCAUUAAUGGACACGACCUUAGGCAUGGUACACCUGAGAGUGCUGCACAGAUCAUACAGGGAAGUGAGGUUCGUGUGAACUUUGUGGUAAUGAGAAGUGCAGAGACUCAGGAGGAAGGCAGCAGCAGCGGCAGGGAGCAGAACGGGAGGGCAGCCAGGAGAAAUCCUGAGCCACAGUACUUUAGCCGCCGGUCCACGUACAUGAAGGAUCCUCCAGGUGGGUUUUCCAGCCAGGAGAAGACCGUGAGCCUGAAGAAGGAGCCUCGUCUUUCUCUGGGCAUCACCAUUGCCGGGGGGAGGGACUGUCGCAGCCGCCUGCCUGUUUACAUCACAAGUGUGCAGCCUGUCGGCUGUUUGCACCGAGAUGGCACCAUCAAAAGAGGUGACGUUCUGUUGAGCAUCAACGGUGUCGACCUGACCCAGUUGACCUACAACGAGGCCGUUUCUGUGCUGAAGGCUCAGACGGCUCAGUCGCAGGUGGUGCUGCGUGUCAUCCAGACGCUCUCCGACGACUCGGAGGAGGAAAACAACGCCGCCAAUAAGGACGAACUGGACUCCGGGGACGACACGAGGGACGACACCCUCAACUGGACACCACUGUGGACUCGCUGGUUGGGAUUACCAAGUCACAUGCACUGGUGCCGUGACAUUGUCCUGCACAAGACCAACAACGACAGCUGGGGCUUCAGCAUUGUCGGGGGCUACGAGGAGAGCCACGGCCAGCAGCCUUUCUUCAUCAAAACCAUCGUGCCUGGUACACCCGCUCACUUUGACGGACGCCUCAAGUGCGGCGACGAAAUAGUGGCAGUGAACGGAGCCACAACGGUGGGGAUGAACAACUCAUCGCUCAUCCCCAUGCUCAAGCUGCAGAAGAAUAAGGUCACACUGACUGUGGUGUCCUGGCCUGGCAGUCUAGUGUAGAAAACACACGUCUUUAUUUACUCUCUCUAUCUCACACACACACACACACAGCUGCGUUCUGGACUGAGCCACUCACUGUCCCCUCCACAUGUAACCGGUCGUCUGGUUACGUUUGGUAUCAAGGCCUCAGAUCAGUUAUGUAACACAGGAAUUGUGUGUGUGAACAUAUCUGGUGAGCACACGGGGGGGCGGGGGGCUGGGGGGGGAUAUUUAAUCAGGGUUCAAAAUGAUGACAAUCAGUAGAUUUGCUGAAAUGGAAGGAUUUUUUUUCUAUAUUUUUGAUAACCUGUCGGAUAAUGUUAUGAAUCGGUUUGAGUGAUUCACCUAAAACAGCAUCCAGAGAUGAAAGCGUAGAUCUUUCGCGCACACAGCUUUAUCGAUGCCGUCCGGGAUUAUAACAAAAUUGCCGCUGACUGAUGCCAAAGACGGAGAAAUCAUCCUAAUUUGUGUGAUUUUAUCAACUCUAUUAACAUAAACACAGUCUCGAUGAUGGACGCUAAUGUAAACAACUGAAUCUGCACAUUAUAGAAAGACUUAUUUUAACGUGGAGGUUAAGUUAUCUACGUUCAAGAGUUUUAAACACACAGUUUGUCAUUUCUACUGCUAGGAGUCUCUCAAUUAAAACAAAACAAAAGACCUUGUUUUAUGACGUGGGGAAGCAGCAUGGGAUCAUGGGAAUUCUUGUCUCGUUUGGUUUCCUGUGUGCAGCCUGCGCUUUACAGGGAAAGUUUCUGUGGCUCGUCACCAAAGAAUUCCUUCCUCACUAUGUAAAGCAACUAGCUAGCUAGGGUUGUUGCAUAUUAUAUCUUUAAAUGGUCUGAAAAAUCACUCAAAUCAUGCACUCCCUUGAAUUAGAAUUACAAUAAAUCUUCAUGGUCAGUUCGAACAGAGCUGGGAGGAAACUGCUUGGGUUCAGGGAAAAGAAACGUCAUUUCAAAUUGUUGUAGAAGCAAAUAAAUGUAUGACAAAUGUUUUUAUAUAAAUAUACAUAAUUUUACCCGCACUGUUGUUAAUCCUUAAACAAGACACAAGUUUUUACUCAAGAGUUUUGAUUUAUGGAUCGAUUACAUGUGCUCUGUAUUUAUUUCACAUGAUACGAUGCCUCAUGCUGAUGAGUUGGCUGUGGAAGUGGGUGCCUUGUAGACAUUGAAGGACAAACCAGAUUGUAUAGUUGCCUUAAAAUUGCCACUUUACCGACACGUGUUUCCUUUCCUCUCAUUAUAAAGUGUGUAUAUAGUUUGAAUAUGAAUUCAAGGAUGAAUGGCCGAGCCCAGAUAAAAAUUGAUUUACUCUUUCGUUUCCACACAUUCCCCCGUAGCCUUUCCUGUAUCUUGUUGAAUAAUUCAGAAUAUUGUCAGCGAGUUAGUUUUUUGUUUUUGUUUUUUUAAUCAGAAUGACUAUGAAUUAUUAGUAAUGUUAUAUGUGUUGGCUCAUACACGGUUUCAUUAUGUUGAAUAAAGUCGUAAUAAAUCCA